AGGGACAUUUUAGUGGCGCUGGUUCCUACUUUGAGUCUCAUUACUGUAUAUCAACGGACAUUGAGGCACUAAACUUUUUUAGUUUCAGGGGGAACAUCAGGUGACAAUGUCGCCUUCUUUAGCUAGAUCUGCUCCAAGCGAGCUCAACCAUUGGUGGAGCCAGCUGAGGUUUCGCCUUCAAAACAAAAAAGGAUGGAAUGAGAUGUUGGAUGAGACAUUUCUACUCCACACAAAAAACAUAAAUGACAUUCCUCUUUUCUAUGCGGCUAAGAAGAACAGUGCUGGUUGCAUCAAGAAACUGCUAAGCUGUUCAUCCACCAACAUCUUCGAGAGAGGUGCCCUGGGAGAGACGGCGCUUCAUGUCGCAGUGAUGAGCGACAACCUGGAUACUGCCGUGGCUCUGAUGCACGGGGCUCCUGAACUCAUCAACGAGCCCAUGACAUCCGAGCUCUUCCAAGGCGUUACUCCUCUCCACAUCGCUGUGGUGAACCAGAACAUCGAUCUGGUUCAUCAUCUGAUCAGCUGUGGAGCCGAUGCAGCCACACCUCGAGUCACCGGCCUGUACUUCAGGAAGAGGAUAGGAGGCCUUCUCUAUUGCGGUGAGCACAUCCUGUCUUUUGCUGCAUGCACCGGCAACGAGGACAUUAUCUCCAUGGUGAUCGGCGCAGGGGCCAGCACCAGGAUCCAAGACUACCGCGGCAACACUCUGCUUCACAUUUUGGUUCUGCAGCCCAACAAGAUGAUUGCGUGCCAGGCCAUUGACCUGAUUAUGGCACGCGAUGCAGAGCUGGACCAGUCAGUGCCACUCGAUAUGGUGCCCAACUACAGAGGCCUCACACCUUUUAAACUGGCAGCCAAAGAGGGAAACAUUGUGGCAUUUCAGCACUUGGUUAACAAAAGACGUGUGGUUCAGUGGCGUCUGGGGCCUCUGAGCUCUCACCUGUACGACCUGACGGAGAUCGACUCAUGGGCAGACAGCAUGUCAAUCCUGGAGGUCAUCGUGGCCAGCCAUCAGAGAGAGGCAAGAAGGAUUCUGGAGGUGACUCCUGUGAGGCAGCUGGUCAGCCUGAAGUGGAAUCUGUAUGGGAAACAUUACUUCAGGCUGCUGCUGUUGCUGUAUCUCCUGUACAUUGGGACCUUCACACUGUGUUGUGUGUUUCGCCCUCUAAAGGAUGCUCCGGAGAACUACACCACGUCAGAGAGGGACAAAACCAUCAAGGUCCAGAAGUCACUCCACGAGAGUUACGUGACUUAUGGGGAUAACCUGCGGCUGGCAGGGGAGGUCAUCAGCGUUCUGGGAGCUCUUGUCAUCCUGUUGCUGGAGAUCCCUGACAUACUGAGAGUAGGAGCAAAGCGUUACUUUGGCCAGACAGCGCUGGGAGGCCCCUUCCAUGUCAUCCUUAUCAGCUAUGCGUGCCUAGUGGUGCUGCUGUGUGUGUUCAGAACCACCGGGGUGCAGGGGGAGGCUGAGGUGAUGGCGGUGUGCCUGGUGCUCGGCUGGUGCAACGUCAUGUUCUUCGCCCGAGGUUUUGAAAUGCUCGGCCCUUAUGUCAUCAUGAUACAGAAGAUUAUAUUUGGAGACCUGACAAAGUUUAUGUGGCUGAGUUUCAUUGUGCUCAUUGGGUUUUCCACCUCCCUCUGGAUGGUGUAUAUGACCCAGGAUAUAGACACCAUCCCUUCCUACCACUCGUUCCCCGUCACCCUCUUCUCCCAGUUUGAGCUCAGUGUGGGUCUCAUCGACUUGCCCGUGGACCACACCGUCUAUACACCCCCGAUCGUCCAUGUGCUACACGUCACCUUUUCUGUGGUCUCCUACCUACUUCUACUAAACCUGUUGAUCGCCAUGAUGAGUGACACACACUGGAGGGUGGCCCAGGAGAGGGAUGAGCUCUGGAGGACUCAGGUGGUGGCCACAACUCUGAUGCUAGAGAGGAGGCUUCCCCGCUGCCUCUGGCCUCGACUUGGCGUAUGUGGGCUAAACUACGGCCUGAAAGAGCGCUGGUACCUCAGGGUUGAGGACAGAAAUGACCCCAUGAUGCAGAAGAUGCGCCGAUACAUCAAGGCCUUCUCCAAGGAGGAAGAAAGCGAGAAAGAGCCACUGGAGAAGUCCGACUCAACGAAGGAAACCCCGAAGCUCAGACCUAAAUACAGAGGAUUUAACAACAGGAAGGCACUGACGGGGUGGGACAUGAUUCGCCACAGUUUGGAAUUGGAGCAGGAAGAGCCAGAGGAAGACCGGGACAUUAAGUAUGUUUAGAAUGAAAUUCUGCCACAUCCUGAAGAGCUUCCAUCAGCUGAAGAGUCCCGAACAUAUGAAGUAAAGUGUUGAUUAGCUUCAACCCACUUGCAAGAAGAGGAUUCAACUUCUUGGUUUCUCUAUGUAGUCCACAGUGCAAUUAUUCCAGCAGUAUUAUGCUAUAGAGAAGAGUUUGUUAUUUUUGUAGCAGUAUGAAAAAGAUGUAGCAGUAAUGUAUCCUAAGCUGAAGUGAAACAUAAACAUUCAAUCAUCAUGUAGUUGCAUGAAUACUUUUGUAUAAUAAUAAAAAUGUAUUGAGACAAACACUGGCCUUUAUUUAUGAAACAUUCAUACAGCAGAAUCAUAUGAGUGAGAUUAAAGUGUAUAUGUGAAUAUGCAUAACAAUAUUCGGAUACAAAUUAGGCUACAAAACACUAUA